UCAUAUUAUGUAAAUCAGACGGAAUCUUCCCGUAACGAGACUGGCUCUUCAAUGAAUUUAGCAAUUUCAAUGAUUUGAAUCUGGCGGUGAAUAUCUAUUUUACCGACAACUAGUAUAAUAUCAAGGAUCGUUAAAAAAUGUCCUGCCAUUAUUGCGAAAAGUUCUUGUCUUUUAUGCUAAUUUCAGAGUAACAAUAUCCUACAGACUGACACUAGUGGAUUUGCGUUCACUAAAACUUUGUUAACGUUACAGUCAAUUUUCGGUUAUAAUUAUAUUUUGGUGGAGUUAUCGUUAAAUCAGAGUCUAUUUUCUAAGUACUUUCACAGAAAAAAUCACUUAAAUUUACAGUUCUUUUCUGCAAAUUAUCUUUAAGUUUUUAGUGAAUAGUUAGAGUACAAUUUUAAUAAAUUGUAAGUAAUAUUAUGUUAUUUACCCUAAAUUCCACUUAAAGUUUAUGAUAAAUUUACACAAAAGUACCGUAACUUUUAGUUGUUUUUCAGUAAACUCAAUCCAGUAAGGGAUCUCAUUAUUAGAAUUUAGAGUGGGACUAUCGUCAGUAAAAUACACAGAUUGAAGGGUGAUUUUCCAAGAAUCUUGAAGUUAGGCUAGAAUCAGAAGCACAAUAAAAGAGAUGUCGUAAUCUACAAUACUUUAUGGUGUGGCGUGCGAUCACUGUGAUUAUACGUAGUUCCAAUUCAUUUAUUUGUCGUGCGAUGCAGUCAAAUUUAGAAGUUACUAAAACCUACAUUAUCGACACAGUUACGUUACUCAUGUCGGUUAGAUCACGAACGAGAAAGGCCGUUUCACAUAAACUCGCUAAUUCAAAACUUUGUAUGCUUCGUUUAUAGAUAUGUGCAGAACCAUAGAAACGAAGUGCAAACCCUUUCGAUAUAAUGACAGAUAAAGAGAAGAUUCCAAUUGAAUUAUUGUUUUCUAAAGGAAACAGUAUCAACCAUUAUGUCAAGGUUAAGGAAUUUUGGAAAUUUUUAAAUACCCAAGAGGGCUUUCAUCCUUACAAGCCACCACGAAUUACAGUGAUGAAAGAACAAACGAUUUCGGAUUGCAAUUCUGCUUUACAUUUUCACAAUCUCGCCAAACUUGAAGAAAGUAAAAGUAUAUGGCACACCGUGUUACAAACUUUCCAUGACAGUGGUUUAGAUCAGACAGCUCUGACCACCGCCGACACUUGCAAACUCUGUCUGAUCGAAAGGCAUCUAAGAAACGAUAAGGAGAGCAUCAGAGACGCCAAAAGUAAAUCUGGCGAAGAGAUGAAAUGCGAAAUAGAGGCGUUUGGAAGGAGAAUAACGAAAAAUACAAAUCCGUGUGCAUAUGCAACACCUAAAAAGUAUCAGCACCUCAUUCACUAGGAGUUCAUAAAGUUUUAAGAAUAUACGACUCCUGUCUACAACUUACGAUCUCAAAUCCAAAUUAAAAUGGUCUGAGAGAUAGUCAGAGGAGGUUUUCUUUGUCUUGCGUAUUAUUCUGGUUCAACCGAAGAUAUGAAUUGCCGACGUAAUUGGUCUUGCUGGUUGAAUUCCUAGAGCUCGCAAUUGUCUAUUCUCCGUUUUUAAAUCGAGGAAGAAGCAUUCGGGAUCGAGAAGGUAUAUCAAAUUUCAUUUUUUAUGUCCAAAAGUUUUCGGGUCGACGAAUACGAAGGUGCCCUGGAUCAUCCUUCAUGGAGGUUCCUCGGAGGCCUUAUGAAUGGAAAUCACCCAGAGCGACAUAUGGCCCCGUUUUCUUUGAACAUGACACGUUUAUCCUACGCGAAGCGGCUAAUAUUAAAAUGUAAGUCUCAAAGAUUUAUUUAGUGUAGCAAAAAAACACAAUUCCUAUCACCGAAUAAUAAGGUAAUGUAUUAAAAAAAAAGCUAUUACGUUAAAUUUGUAUUCCUUGUUAUUCUACGACUGUGAACAAAGAACGAACAUCGAAAUAGGAUAUAUCGUAGACGAAUAUGUGGUUGACUAUGGGGUCAUAGCGUAACAGGCAUCGCCCCCUAUAGUUACCGCCCGUUGGGCUGGCUGUCAAUGGCCCUCUACCCCUUGUCACUUUUCCCAUUACAAGGAGCCAUGUAUAUGGGGUAGAAACGGUCCUACGUGGUUCCGGAUCACAAAUUUCAGCGGAUAUCGGUCAUCGAGUGUGCCCACUUACUUCCGUUAUUUCUUGUCCUUCGUUACUUCGACGGAAGUAAGAUGACGCAGAUCAUCGACGCAUUUCAAGGUGGGAUCGUG